CAUAAGUUAUGGCAAAUGCCAUGGCUGACCAAGGAGGGUACUCCCUUAGAACUCCUGAGGAAAACUCACCAGAUGCUAACUUGACGACGGAAAGCACAGAUGUUACGGGCGUUGAUUUUCCGUUAGGAGUGGACAGAGAAGAACUCGGAGAAACGGUGUGGGUGCUGGCCUCGACGUCAAUAAUCAUAGUUGCAGUUGUUGGAUUGUUCGGCAACUCUCUCAUCAUCGUCGUGAGCCGAGAAGUUUUCCGACAAAGACCAAACAUGCCAAACCUUCUGCUGAUCUACCUUUCCUGGACGGACGUUCUAAACUGCUCACUUGGCGUAGCGCCACUGGCGUUAUCCUACUAUUUCAAAAUCUACGUUAACCAAGCCAUGUGUGACUUUAACGCCACGGUACUCUUAGCGCUUAGCGUGGCGUCCCAAAUGAUCGUAGCCCUCAUGUCGAUCGAUAGAUACUGGGCAUUGCUGCACCCCUUCUCCUACAACCGCCAUUUUGGUUACGAGAAGUCGAAAAUCUAUCCCGCCUUGAUUUUCAUCUUUCUCUACACGAUAGUUGUUUCUGUCCUCCCCCUGUUCGGCUUGGUUCAGAACGUACCCCAGUAUCCCAACUCGUACUGUAUGUUCGACUGGACUGACGAAAGCUCGAGCGGGAGGGUGGUUGUGUACAUCAACGUUGUCAACAUGUUUCUGUGCCUCUUCAUCAUAGUGGUAGUAAACGCCAUUGUUGCUGCGUACAUGCUCCGGUUGAGACGAGUGCGGCCCCGACUCUCAAGCAGGGACUCGGAGAUGGGCGCUACAAGGCCAGCAGGUGUGCAGGAAUGCAGGUUGGAGAUACAGGUGGCCAAGUUGACACUUGUGGUGGCUGUGGCAUUCUUCUGUUCCUGGUUCCUCUUUGCUACACGUAUUCUGGCCAACCAAAUCGGGACGUGGCCGGACAAAGAUCUGGACUACCUUGGCGCAAGACUGAUGACGUUUAACAGCAUCAUCAACCCCGUCAUCUACAUCAUAAUGAGGCAGUCGUGCCGCAGAGGAUGCUGGAUGAUCAUCAAGUCCGGGGUACAUUACGUCACAUUCAAAAUGGUGGCCGCUCCUACCAUGUCGUUAGCUGACACUAUCGCCGCAUGAUAGUUUGACUUCGUGUACUGUACAUCAAUUCACAAGUUGAAAAGAAAAGAUUCCAAACGGUGGUUUGCAAAGAGGCGAGACCUGUGUUUGUAACAUAUACGGUGUAAGACAGAUAUAAUACUCAUAAAAAGAGUAAUUUUGUUUUUUCAGCGGGUUUCUUCAAUGCAAGGUAACUUGGCCAAGUUCUAGGCAAUGAACUUAGGGGAUGGGUGGUUAAAACCAGUAUGCUACGAGAUAACGGUAAACAUUUGUUUUGAAGACAUUGAAGAUUUUUUCUAGUCGUCUCAAUACUGAAAAAUAUUCCAAAUGGAAAUGGAUGGGUGAGGGUUGGAUAAAAAUUAAAAAUCAAAGCAUAAAGACAAUGAACUAGUGGACUAAAAUUAAAAAAGGAAGUUCACGGAAGAUUGUAUAACAUAUAAAGACAAAUAUUUGUUUUGCUGGAACAAGUUAUACAGCCACUUAGAACUAGCCAUUGGCUAAAAAAUAUAUUUAUUUUACUUCCUUCCAUCUAAAGUGAUACAUUUGUACCCUAUUUGAAUGUCGUUUUGUUCUUGUUAAUAUCUACCUCACGACUAAACACAAGUAAUUUCAAUAGUUUUGUAACGUUAAGUAUCUUGUUAGUGCUGUUCCGUUCUAUAUAUUUUCUUAC